CAUGUAUAAUACUUCCUUCUAUUUUGCUUCUCCUUAACCAUCCUAUAUUCAAUCGUCUUACGUUAGAUAUGCUCAACCACCAGUCAAAACCAUCGUUAAACCACAAAAUAUCCAAUUUUAACAUUCUGUACUGUCAUACAACCUAUACAAUAGCCCAUUCCUACAACGAGAGUCUAUCACACAUAACCAAUCAUUCCUGUUAGAUAUAGCAAUUCUAUUCAUCAAUCUUAUGCUCAAAGAACCAUAGUGCCUCAAUCCUAUCAAAUAGUCUUAAAUGCUUCUUAUUAACCAUCGCAAUUCCUCAGAUCUCCAAUUCCAUAUUAACCAUAAUAAUAACCAUACUCAUAAUCCUUCCAUCAACAUUAACCAGUUACUCAAUAGUUUUAAUCCAGGUAAUCCAAGCCAGAUCCACAAUCAAUGUCCAAUUAUUAGGCAGCCCCAUAAUAUUAACAUAAGCCUCAAUACUCUCAACCUCCUAUCCUAUCAUAAUAGGAGGACGAUCUCGAAAAGAAGUUCCAGGAUGCAAUCGAUAGAACUAGAGAUCUGGUACAGAAGUACAAUAAACCAUAACCAAAACAAGAAGAACAAUAACUAUAGGAUCUGGCCCUGUAAUAUGAAGACGGAUACAUUUAUAGAGGACAGGGUUAUGAACCAGCAAUAAGAGAAGGCUUUGGAGUUUUGACUGACGAAAAGGACAAUGAAGUCUAUAGCGGCUAUUGGCAAGAUAACCAAUACCAUGGGUAAGGAAAACUGAUCAACUAUUCUGCAGAAGAAAUCAAUGGUCCUUUCGAUUAUAGGGAUCUCAAUAUCAUAGAGAAUGGUUGGUUAAGUUAUGAAGGAGAGUUCUUUUAGGGGAAAAUGCAGGGGAAUGGCACUUUGUAUCUUACCAAUGGAGAACGCUAUGAAGGACAAUUCUACGAUGGUAUGAUUGAAGGGAAAGGAGUAUUUGUAACUCAGGAUGGAUAAUAAAUUGAUGGAGAGUGGAGAGAAGGCGUGUUAGAACAUUGAUUGAUAUAGUAAGG